AGUGUGCAACUAAACUAAGAAUUUUCUUUAAAUGAAAUUUAUGGGUUGGUGAAUUGUCUCAUUUGAUCAUUUUCACGGUUAAAUUGGUUUACCACGGUCCUGAACAAAUCAAUAUUAUAAAUUUGGAAACAUGCUCUAGUCUCCUCUGCAACUACUCUCUCUUAGCAAUCGAUCGGUCUAGCAAUGGAAUUAGUAGCUUCUUCCUCUUCUUCUAAACCAUUCCGCACUCCCACCAAAGUAAAGACCAAGUAUGAUGUUUUCAUCAGCUUUAGAGGUGAGGAUACUCGCUAUGGUUUCACAGCCCAUCUUUAUGAUGCUCUGCUCAACAAAAAAGUUGAGGCAUACUUAGACGAGGUCACUCUCAGGAGAGGAGACCAAAUCUCACCUGCGCUUCUUCAAGCAAUUCGGCAAUCCAAGAUCUCUGUGAUCGUUUUCUCGGAAAAUUAUGCUGACUCCCCAUGGUGUUUGGACGAGCUCGUGAGAAUUAUGGAAUGCAAGGAGAUUCAUGGGCAGAAAGUGGUUCCCGUUUUUUACCAUGUUGAUCCUUCGUGUGUGAGGAAUCAAAAGGGGACUUACGAAGCUGCCUUUGUUGAGCUUGAACAGCGAUUUAAAGAUAAGAUGGAGAAGGUGCAGGAAUGGAGGACUGCUUUGACUAAAGCUGCCAAUUUGUCUGGCUGGAAUACUCACCAGAUCAGGUCUGAAUCCAAAUUGAUCAAAACAUUAGUUGAAGACAUUAUCAAUAAAUUGAAGUCUAUGUUUUCUUCAAGUGGUUUUUUGGAGGAGCUAGCUGGAAUAAAUAGACGCACGGAGCAAGUUGAAUCCAUGUUGUGCCUUGACUCAUCUAGUGAUCGGGUGGUAGUGGUUGGCCUUUGGGGAAUGGGGGGUAUAGGCAAGACAACCCUUGCUCGAGCUGUGUUUCAGAAGAUUUCUCAUCAUUUUGAAGGUUGUUGCUUUCUUUCAAAUGUUAGAGAAGAAUGGGACAAUGGACGAAAAAAAUAUGAGUUACAAAAUAAGCUUUUCUCAGAAUUAUUGGAUGAAGACAGUAAAAUUACAAAAAUGCUAUCUAUUUUUGACAGAAAUAGACUCCUUUCCAAGAAGGUUCUCAUAGUUCUUGAUGAUGCCAAUGAUCCAGAGCAAUUGGAAUUUUUGACUGGAGAUGGUGAAUGGUUUGGGUUGGGUAGUCGAAUCAUCAUAACAACAAGAGAUGUUCAAUUGCUGAAGAAUCGAGCUGAUGAAAUAUACAAAGUUGAGGGAUUCAGUUUUUAUGAAGCUUUCCAACAUUUUCAAAAGAAUGCUUUAAGAAGAAACAUUCCAAUAGCUGAGUUUACAGAACUAUCAAUCAGGGCAGUAAAGUAUGCAGAUGGCAUUCCACUAGCUCUUCAAGUACUGAUGGGUACCCUAUUUAGUAAUAAAAGCAAAGAGAAAUGGAAAAGUGUACUAGAUGACUUAAAAGAUUCCCCCAAUGAAAAAAUUCAUAAUGUGCUGAAGAUAAGUUACGAUGGUCUAACUGAAAAAGAAAAAGAUGUCUUUCUUGAUAUUGCAUGCUUUUUCAAAGGAAAUGAUAGAAGUUAUGUAGAAGGAAUAUUAAGAGGUUAUGAUUCCGUUAUUGGCAUGAGAAUAGAUAAUCUGAUUGAUAAGUCCCUCAUAACUAUUGAGAAAGACAGCAAUUUGCUUUCGAUGCAUGAUUUGGUACAAGAAAUGUGUUGGCAAAUUGUUUUCCAUCAAUCCAUUAAAGAGCCUGGAAAGCGUAGUAGAUUGUGGACUCCUCAAGAUGUUUAUCAUGUCUUCAAAAAUAAUAAAGUCUCAGCUAUGGUUGAAGGAAUAUUCUUGGAUGUCUCUAAGAUUAAAAGAUUAAAUUUGAGCCCUGCUGUGUUUUUGGAGGCAUACAAUCUCAGAUUACUCAAAAUUUAUAGUUCUAAUGGAAUCAACAAUAACAAAUUAUGUUUCCCUGAAGGUCUUCAUUCUCUUCCUGAUGCACUAAGGCUUUUGUACUGGGAGGAGUAUCCAUUCAAAACUUUGCCAUUAAGUUUUGAUCCUGAGAAGCUUGUUAAACUUGCUAUGCCAAACAGCCAUGUUGAGCAACUUUGGGAUGGAGUCCAGCCUUUACCGAACUUGAAGGUUAUUGAUCUCAGUUACUCUAAGAACCUGACCUGUAUUCCAGAUCUGUCUCAAGCUCCUAACCUUGAAAUGAUAUAUCUCGAUUAUUGCAUAAAUUUGCUCCCUGUUACAUCACAAUUUCAAAAUCUUGAAAAGCUCAUUGAGUUGAAUAUGAAUUAUUGUUCAAAGCAAAGAAGUCCUCCCAACUUAAGGUCUGUUGAAACUCUUGAACUUAGGGGAUGGCAGAAUCUUACAAAUAUUCCAGAAUUAAAGGAAAAUAUGGCUCACUUAGACUUAAGUGAGACUGCAAUAGAAGAAUUGCCUUCAUCUAUUAGUUCCUUGGACGAACUCUUUGAAUUAAAACUUCAGAACUGUAAAGGCCUUAGGAGUCUUCCUGCAAGCAUUUGCCAGUCGCAAUACUUGACUGAACUUAAUCUAUCUGGCUGCUCAUCUCUUGAAAAUUUACCAGAUCUUCCAAGGACUCUAUGCUAUUUAGAUGUGAGUGGAACAUUGAUAGACCAACUGCCCACAUCAAUUGAAUCUCUUCCUUAUCUCAUGAACAUUUAUUUAAGGGAUUGCAAAAGGCUUCAAAGUCUGCCAACAUGCAUUUACAAGUUAAAGGAACUUAGAAGGCUUAAUCUAUAUGGUUGCUCGAAAUUUGAUAACUUCCCGGACAUUUUAGUGCCUAUGAAGCAUCUAUAUUACCUUAAUUUAUAUGGAACUGCAAUUAAGGAGCUACCUUCAUCAGUUAAAAAUCUACCAAAUCUUGGGGAGUUAGACUUAGGAAUGUGUGAAAAUCUCCAGUUUCUCCCACGUUGUGUCUAUACUAAAUUCCUGGAUCUUUGUGGCUAUUCACAACUUAUAAAGUGGCCUAUCCCCACAGAUGGAUUCAGCUCUUUGUCUAGCCUUUCUUUGUACAAUUGCAAUGCAUUAGAAUUUCCAGAUUGGCUCGGCUGCUUAUCCUCCCUGGAAAAUUUAUAUCUGAGUGGGAAAUUUGUUGAUGAAAUACCUGCUAGCAUCAAACAACUUUCAAAGUUGAAGCAUCUAGGCAUAAGCUAUUGGAAGAGCCUUAGAUCGUUGCCCGAGCUUCCAUUUUGUCUAAAUAUUCUAAAUGCACGAGGUUGCACAUCAUUAGAGACUCUAUCACUUUCGAGGAUCGAACUUACAAAACCUAAUGUCCGACCCCAGCUUGAAAGAGAUCAGCUCCUCUUAUUUUUUAAUUGCCUAAAGUUGGACCAGAACACACGCAACAUCAUUAUAGCUGAUGGGCAGCUUAGAAUAAUUUACAUGAUUGGAAAAAAUCCAACUUCUUGGGUUGCUGUAUGCUUUGUAGCUGAAUUUGAAGAGUACAAUCAUUCUCGUGGAGGUUUAAGAAUUCUAUUUGAGUUUCAAGCGAAGACCAAGUCAGGUGAAUGUCACAAAUCCAGAUGUAUUUUAGAGAUAGGUCCUUAUAAUUAUGAGAAGACGACAAGUAGAAUAAAAAAUGACAUUGUUAAUUCAGAUCAUGUAUUCAUGUUGUAUGAGUACAAAAGCUUUCUUGCUUGUCAAGAAAUAAAAGAAGCUCAUAACGUGAAUGGAGUCUCAUUUUCAAUAUGUCCAAUAGGUGGAGAUGCUGUAACACCUAUUCAUUCGUGUAGAGUGAAAACAUGUGGUAUCCGCUUGCUGUAUGUUGAAGAAGCUCAGGAAUUUGGUCUCCUAAUUAAACCUGAUUAUGGCCGGACUUCAAAAGUAGCAGAAGAAGAUGAUGAUAGUUCUACUUCUAUAGACUUGUCUAAAUUAUCUGACUCCACUGUAGAAGAAGAAGAUGUUGAUGGGUUCUUUGGCGAUUUUAGUUCCAAUGAUUGUGAAAAUAAAAUUAGAGAUUCUCAUGAACCGAGUGAAAUUACAAAAGAUGAUGAAUCAAACGUAAGUGAUUUAGACGACUCUGCUUUGAAAAAGGAAGAUUGUGAUACACCAAGUACAAUUGCAGCUGAUAUAGAUUAUUUUGAAGAAGGAGAAGGUUCUCUUAGCUUAAACUGGUUCGAACCAAUAAGUAGAUGCCAUGCAACUCUUAACAGUGCCUCUACUGAUGUAAAAGAGAACAAGCAAGAACCAACUGAAAGUGAAAUAACACCCAACUCUGCUGCAAAAGAACACGAAGAAGAUGUGAAACCAAGCGAAAGUGGGUCUAUGGACUCUAUUGAAGCUAACAAUGAGGAUCGAAAUUCAUUUUCAAAUGGUUGCUUUCUAUUUCUCUCCCAUAUUAAAGGUAUUUGCAAGUGGUUUUUCGGGAAUAAAUCUGGUAAUGAGCUUAAUCAAGAAACACCAUCUUCAUCUGGAUCAGUACAUGAGCGACUUCAGGCUCUAGAGGUUACAAUACAACAUCUUCAGUCAGAGAACACUAAGUUGCGAGAUCAGAACCAUCAGCUUUCACAGCAGUAUUUGCAGAUGCCAGCAACUAUACCUAAAUCGCCACUACUUGAAUCAUCAUCUCCAUUUUCAAUGCAGUUACCUGACCAGAACAUACAAAUCUGGCAGUAUUACCCGCAAAUGGCACCAGCAGAUCAGAAUAUAUUGUACUAUCCACAAACUGUGAUGACGAUUCUGCCUCCUAGAUUUCCUGCACAUCCAUUUGUUCAGAACCAGCAUAUGUCUCAGCAUCCGCAAAUGAUGAUGUCAAGGCCACUUCUUGGAUUUUCUUCUGGAAUUCCCACGAACCAGGCUAAUCAUCAACGCCCUUCAUCAUCAUCUCAACAAUAGUGGAAGGUAAAAUCCUUUGUUUGGAAAAUUUGUAAGUUCUGACUGCCCUGCUACCUGCUGCUGUUUGUUUCAAUAGAGAGAGGUGGAGAGGUGAGUCGUUUGUGACUUGUUUAGUAGAUGUUUGAAUCAAUUUUCAUGUUCUGUUUGCUUAGUAAAGAGGUCUGGAGGUGUUACGAGGGAUGUCCAAUGUUUUUAUGAGAGUGGAGUAGCAAUUGUUUUUCCAUAGAUUUCAAAUUGUAUGCAACUCUGGCUUUAAAAGUGUACUUUUGAGCUUGACUUUAUCUGCUUUGCAAUGCCUGUUAAAAGUGUUUAGGUGAACCAGUUAAAUUUGGCUCAUAUAAAGAACUUUUACUUGUACUAUUUAGAUGCAAAAGUUAAAGCUUUGUGAAGCAGAUCGACAGAUUCUCUCACUGUAUUUAAAAACAAGAGCACUAAUUUUAGUA